ACUUCUGACGCCGCGUCUCCCUGACUGUUGUGCACGGAAUAUCCACGAGCUAGUUCAACGAUUUCAGCAGAACAACAUCCCACUCAUCAUUGACGUCUUUCCCGCAUUUGCAGGGCCAGCUUCAACGCGACCUCAUCACUAUGGUCAAUCUACCAACAUUACCUAAUGUUUGUCGUGUUGCCGCGCACGCAGGCUAUCUGGUGUCGCGCAGAUACUUCUCACGCUUGUUUGUGGAGUGCGAUGCGUAUACUACGGCUAUAGUCAUGUGCCCUGACUGCAAACUUCAUUGGUUUGUUCAACAUCAGUGGCCGGUUGAUGCUAUCGAGAUGGUUCGCAGGCGGGCUAUUGAUAACUAACAUCGAAGGUUCAAGCCGCCGCUUUCCACGCAAAA